AUGAAGGAAAGGAGAGGGACUCCGAACCUUCAUGAGGUAGGGAGGAUAAUGCUGAAAGGAAUGACAAGGCUUGUCUCCAGGGUCCAUAAGUUGGACCCUGGACGUUUUUUGCACUUAGGGACCCAGGCAUCCCAGUGCCUUGUUGCUCAUCUGAAUAACCAGGUUCCAAAUGAGAGUCCCAGAGCUAUUUCCCGCACCCUUGAGAAUGAUCCGGCCAAGCACGGGGAGCAGCAUGUGGGUCGGCACUACAGCAUCCCUGCCCAGGAUCUGGAGACCGCACUCCCCCACGGCCUGCCGCCUCGCUUUGUAAUGCAGGUGAAGACAUUCAAUGAAGCUUGCCUGAUGGUAAGGAAACCAGCCCUCGAGCUUCUGCAUUACCUGAAAAACACCAAUUUUGCUCAUCCAGCUGUACGAUACGUUCUCUAUGGCGAGAAGGGAACAGGAAAAACCCUCAGUCUUUGCCAUAUUAUUCAUUUCUGUGCAAAACAAGACUGGCUGAUACUGCAUAUUCCAGAUGCUCAUCUUUGGGUCAAAAACUGCCGGGAUCUUCUGCAGUCCACCUACAACAAACAGCGCUUUGAUCAACCUUUAGAGGCUUCAAUCUGGCUGAAGAAUUUCAAAACUGCAAAUGAGCGUUUCUUGAGUCAGAUAAAAGUUCAAGACAAGUAUGUCUGGAAUAAGCGAGAAAGCACUGAGAAAGGCAGUCCUCUGGCAGAAGUAGUUGAACAGGGCAUAAUGCGAGUGAGGAAUGCCACAGAUGCAGUUGGGAUUGUGCUUAAAGAGCUAAAGAGGCAAAGUUCUCUGGGUAUUUUUCGCCUCCUGGUGGCAGUGGAUGGAGUCAAUGCUCUCUGGGGAAGGACCACCCUGAAAAGAGAAGAUAAAAGCCCGAUUGCCCCGGAAGAACUAGCCCUUAUUUACAACCUGAGGAAAAUGGUGAAAAAUGAUUGGCAAGGAGGUGCCAUUGUGUUGACUGUGAGCCAGACUGGGUCUCUCUUUAAGCCCCGGAAAGCCUAUCUGCCCCAGGAGUUGCUGGGAAAGGAAGGAUUUGAUACCCUGGAUCCCUUUAUUCCCAUCCUGGUUUCCAACUAUAACCCAAAGGAAUUUGAAGGUUGUAUUCAGUAUUAUUUGGAGAACAAUUGGCUUCAACAUGAGAAAGCUCAUACAGAAGAAGGAAAGAAGGAGCUGCUGUUCCUAAGUAAUAGGAAUCCCGGGCUGCUGGAGCGGCUCUGUGCCUACCUCUAA